AUGGUUCUCCCGCCGUUCGAUUAUUUCGUGCAUCGGAGUGCUUGCCAGCGCAAACAGCAAGAGCGCCUCCAACGAAUCCGAGAUCUGCCGGAUGGAUACCACACGCCUCUGACCAAGAGGGAGCGAGUCAUCCUCGAUCAACCCAUUGCAGAACUUGUCCGGGGUGUCCAAGACGGAGAGGCCGACCCCCACGAUGUCCUGAGGGCAUACGGUAAAGCGGCGGUCAAGGCACACGAGGAGACUAAUGCCUUGACCGAGAUUAUGGUCCGUGAAGCUCACACGGCGCUCGAUGGUGAGAUCAACUUGAAGGGACCGCUCGCGGGGAUCCCGGUCAGUCUCAAGGACAGCAUCAUCGUCAAGGGCUUCGAUGCCACGGUGGGGUACUCAUGUAACACCUUUCGACCCUAUGAGGAAGAUGGUGCGAUCGUCCGAUUGCUCAAGGAUGCGGGCGCUGUGCCGUUUGUCAAGACUGCCCUUCCGGUCACUCUGCUCAGCUUUGAGAGCUUCAACGAUGUCUGGGGGAGAUGUCUGAAUCCUCAUAAUCCUAAAUAUUCCCCCGGAGGAAGCACAGGAGGUGAAGGGGCCCUCCUGGCGUUCGGUGGGAGCCGGAUCGGUAUCGGAUCAGAUGUCGCGGGCUCGGUCCGAGCACCGGCCCAUUAUUCGGGAUGCUACAGCCUACGAUGCAGCACGGGACGCUGGCCGAAAGCAGGCGUCAGCACCUCGAUGCCAGGACAAGAGGGAAUCCCGUCCGUCUUCUCCCCGAUGGCACGCACGCUCUCCGAUCUGACCUACUUCACCCGCUCCAUCAUCCAGAUGAAACCCUGGACCUACGACCACACCGUCCACCCUCUCCCCUGGCGUCCCGAGAUCGAAGAGUCCUACCUCACCAAACCACGCCUGAAAAUCGGCAUCCUCCUCACCGACGGCGUCGUCGACCCCUCGACCGCCUGUCUCCGCGCCCUUCAAACCGCCUCCACCGCCCUCUCCGCCCAAGGCCACGCCGUCAUCCCCAUCGCGCCCCCGCCCCCCCUCGAAGCCCUCGUCAUCGCCUCCAACCUGCUCAACGCCGACGGCACCCGGACCUUCCGCUCCUUCUUCCGCACCGGCGAAUCCGACGACCCGGGCGCGCGGCUCUUCGGCGCCUACAUGCGCCUCGUGCCCCGCGCCCUCAAAUGGCUGCACUGGGCCUUCACGAAGUAUGUCCUCCGCGACCACAUCUGGGCCGCGCUCCUCGAACACUGGCAUGAGAAAUCCGCCCGCCAGCACUGGCAGUGGGCGGCGAAGCGCGAAGCUUACAAAGCCCGCUGGCACGAAUGGUGGGAUUCCUUCGGCGGGGAUGACACGGGGGAGGACGGGUUGGAUUUCAUCCUCACCCCGCCGAACGCCCUCCCUGCGCUGCCGCACGGGGCCAUGGCGAGCGCGGCCCCGGCGUGCGGGUACACUUUCCUCUUCAAUCUGCUGGAUUACACGGCGGGCAUUGUGCCUGUGACGCGUGUCGAUCGGGCGACCGAUGGGCUUGGAAGGGAAGUUGAGGUUCCGCGGAUGAACGGCGUCGCGAGGGGCGCUUACAGGCAUUACGAUGCCCAUGCCAUGCACGGUCUGCCCGUGGCAGUCCAGGUCGUCGGGAGACGCUUGGAGGAGGAGAAGAUCCUCGCUUGUAUGAGGAGGGUCGAGGAUGCGCUCGAGGAGCACGGGGAGAGGUAUGCGUUGUUGGAUGUACUCUGA